AUGCCGCCCCUUCGCCUCUGCCGGUCGCCAGCUCCACCCCACCGCCCUCCGUCGCGCCUCCUCGCCGCAGUCACCUCACUGCCCAGCGCCGGCAACCGCCCCGGCGGCCUCUCCUUCAUCUUCCUCGAGCAGCAGCUCCAGCCACCGCGUGCAAUAGCUCCGGUGACGUUCCGGCCCCGCCUCGGUGAGACACACCGCGCUGCUACUAUGCCACGAACCGUCCACUCCACGUACUCCCACGCCACCCACCCCGAGCCAGAUCUAGAUCGAGACCCCCUGCACCAGCGGCCUCCCGUCCCCACUUCCUCAACCUCCUCUCCUUUGCUGUCCACCGGACGCGCUCGGUUUGGGACGCAGGACCCUGAGGGCAUCCUGGCGCCGCCGCAGCCGGGCCACAUCUCGCGGCUCGAGUUCCGGCGCCGCCUCGACAGCGACGCCGACGUGCGCGCCGCCUUCAACCUCCAGGUCAAGGAGCAGCAGGAGCGCCGCCGCAAGGAGCGCGAGGCGCGGGUGAUACCUGAGACGGACGCCGGGCUGGUGGAGUUCUUCCUGGACACGGACGCGCGGGAGAUCGAGAUCGAGAUCGGCAGGCUCCGCCCCAGGCUCAACACGGCCUUCUUCGACCACAUCCAGCGGGAGAUCGCGCAGAUCAAAUUCGCGGUCACCAGGACAGCGGCAAACGAAGACAGACUGAUCGAGCUGGAGGCCAUGCAGAAGGUCAUCGGGGAGGGAGUCGAGGCCUAUGACAAGCUGCAAAACGACCUGGUGACGGCCAAGGAGCGGCUCACCAACAUCCUGCAAUCCAAAGAUAGGAAGAAAACGCUGCUCGACAUGGUAAUCUAGGCAUGUGUGUGUUCG